AUGAAAGGCGUGUGUGAAAUGUUCCCAUAUGAGAUUGUGAGCACUUCGCUGCUCACAGUAGUGUACGAAGAGGCAGCUGCUCUGGUAUCGGCCAGUUCGAGACGGCUCCGACAGCACUGCCCUGGGAAUGUCGUCAGUCGGACCCAACAUGACUUUGCAAUCACAGUGCUGAGAUACGGUAUACGCACCUUCAUCACUUGGAACUUGCCAUCUUCUCCAGUUUAUCUACUUCGCCAGCUUGUUCAGUUAAGAUCAACGAUGGGACUGCCAAGGUCUACGAGGCGCAAGCUUAGAGAGUGGGGCUUGUCCAGCUCUGUGGUGGGGGUGCAAGCGUCUCACUGGAGUUGCGCUAGCUCGCCUUGCAGCGGGUUGGCAGUGUUCUUGUCCGCAGCAUGGGACCGUCACCAAAAUGAGGUAAAAGAUCCUGCCAAGGGCCCCAAGAGGCCUCAGGGUCUAGUGUAA